AUGACGUCGGAAUCGGAAGCAGCAUUUGCCUACCACGAGCCAUCCAUCGAAACAGUUUUGAAUUACACCGGGCUACUAUUGAUCCUCAAUAUAGCCAAUACCUGCCUCGACAAACUCCUGUACUGUGGGCUCAUCGGCCAGCUCUUCAUUGGCAUCAUUUGGGGUACACCAGGAGCACAAUGGCUUGACCAAGAGACAGAACGCGUCAUUCAGCAAAUUGGCUAUCUAGGGUUGAUAUUACUAAUUUAUGAAGGUGGUCUAUCAACCUCGAUCGAGUCCCUCAAGGCAAACAUUCUUCUUUCAACAGCCGUUGCCCUCACUGGAAUUGGUGUACCAAUGGUGUUAUCCUUCAUUCUCAAAGAGCUUGUAUCCGCAACAUCGCUCCAAGCAUUCGCUGCUGGCGCAGCGCUAAGCGCAACAAGUCUUGGAACUACCUUUACCAUCCUUUCAACCACUCAACUAACGACUACACGCCUUGGAACGGUCACCACAAGUGCUGCAAUGAUCGAUGAUGUCGUUAGCUUAGUUAUGGUCCAGAUUAUCUCCAACCUUGGCGGAAGCGCGGCGUCGUUCAGCGCUGUGACUGUCAUCCGGCCCGUUUUUGUUUCCCUCGGGUUUGCUGUUGGUCUCUUACUACUGUGUGCUUUCUGUCUCCGACCUGUAUUAAAGAAAGUGGUUGACCACAAGAGCAAGCUCCCUGAUUAUGUGGGAACUGCACAAUUUGCAUUCCUCGCGCACAUAUGUGUUCUCGUGGGCAUUGUGGCCGGCGCGACAUAUGCUGGUACCUCGAGUCUUUUUGCUGCUUACCUUGCCGGAGUGAUUGUCUCCUGGUUUGAUGGAUUGGUGACUCAAUCGAAGCCUUCGGUGGUUGCUUCACAGCCUGAAACGUUUCAUUUAGCUACUGCUUCACCCCUCGAGCAGACUUGCAGUCAUCAAGAUGCUACACGCGAUGCCGUAAAUCAGCUGUCUCAAACUACAGAGCCAUCUGGUACACAAGCUACACAAGAAAAUGACCCAUCGCAUGACGGUACACCGACAGGUGAAUUUAUCUACAACAAGUAUUACAAAGAACCAACCAAUCGUAUCCUCUUACCUCUGUUCUUCGUGAGCCCCCUGUCCCCUUCAACUGGGAGAAAUAACUAA